AGUAGAAAUUCCAUAGUCAUUCAUGUUAUAAAAAAAUCAAUGUACCGUUAGAAUUAUAAUUUAAUUUUUGUGUAUACGUGUAAUAUGAUUUAGCGCGGGUGAUUGAUUGUAAGAAAUACUUUAAAAAUAAUUAUACUAGCAACGUUACCUUAUAAUGAUUUAAAACAUAUUUAAGUGAAUAUUAAUUUACACUCCAUAGUAUAAGAGUAAUUAUAAAAAUAUGUUUAAUGCAUAAUUAUUAGUUUGACAUACUUUUUUGUACUUACGAGUAGUUUUAUUGUUUUAUUUUUUUUAAAUAAAGAAAGUGGGUUCAUACGUAUAUGUUUGUAAGAUUAAAGAAAACUAUUUAAAAAAAUAUUUUUAUUUUUAAAAAAUGCCAGUAAGAAAUAAUUGAUAUAAUAUUUUUAUCAAAAGGAAAGAACAAGGCAUCAACAUCAUAUGAAAUUUAAAACCAUGAAGGGAUUUUUUUACUCAACUGCAAUAUUGUAUUUAUUGCUGCCGAUAAGUGGUGCGGGAGAAGAUGAUUCUUUGGCAGGAAGUUUUCUUUCAGGUUUGUUAGAUACUAUAACGAGUACUGCUGAUGCGAAAGACUGUCCCGGAAUGUGUGUCCAUACACUUGCAACUCUAAUUUGUUAUGAAGUUUUGGAUGAUGUACCAUGCCCAUCUGGUAUGAAGUGCUGUAUUGAGAGUUCCAACUCGAAGAAUAAUAGCUCUCCGCAUGUCAUCACAACACUUGCGGUGUCUUCUAAAGUGAAACCUACAAAACGAUUAACUACUAUAACAACAAAAAAAAAUACUCCUAAGACUACCAAAAGUAAAAGUUCCUCUCUAGACUCUACUGAGGAAGAAUCCUGUAUAGGUGUUUGCGUAGCUGAUAGAAUUGCAGAAUAUUGUGAAGCAUACUUAACAACAUUAAAUCUCUGUAAAUUUGGUACAAAAUGUUGUGUUUCAUUAGAUGAAUAUUCAUUCGGAAAGUAUCCAAAGGAUUUAUAUGUCCCAGCUAAUCAUAUGAAUAAUAAAACAUUAACCACUACUUUGAAACCAUAUGCAAAAACCACAGAAAUAACAAAGUUUAAACAUUCAAAUGCUAAGCCCACAAAAAACGUACAGAAAAAAAUCAUUACUACAACUGUCGAGUCAUCAUUGGUAGAUGACGAUGAUGAUCUCCCAGAUGAAGAUGAUAAUAUGAAAACUGCUUUAAAAGAAUGUGAAGGUGAAUGCAUUACCGGUAUUUUUGCAUUAUUUUGUGAUGAUAUUGAUUCCAAUGCAUUUUGUGCUGGGGAAGGAAGUUGUUGCAUCACUGGAAACAUCGAACCGACUAAUAAUAAAGUGGAUGAAAAGAUUGUUACAACUCUUAAACCACAAGCAAUCAAACCACAAUAUCCAGUUGCACCUCCUGUAGCCCCUGUAUCGAACAAUGGUGACAAUUUAAUUACCCAAAUAUUAAAUUUAGCAGAACAUACAUUUUCUCAAACUAGUCCUCAAACAACGCCACCCCCAUUACCGAAAUGUCCUGGAUUUUGUUUGUUGAAUAUUAUGUCAGCUUUUUGCGAAAGACCUUCUGUUCUUAUGCCACAUACUUCAAGUUGUAAGAAAGGAUCUGUUUGCUGUGAUAAUACCAGAGCAAACUUAGCCACAAAAUAUAGACCAGCAGUUCCACCUACUAAAAGUUAUGUACAACCUGAAACAAUAAAAACUACAACACCAGUUCCAGAUCCGCGAGAAGACUGCCCUGGAUCCUGCAUAGUGCCACUUUUAAGUUUUACAUGCUUUCAUAACGCAGAAAUGACAGAUUUGUUUAAAUGCAAAAAAUCGGGUCAAACGUGUUGUGCUCCUAAAACCAAAAUUCAAGAAAAGCAAGGUCUUUUAGUUAGAAAUGAUUCGUUUCAAUAUCCUAUGCCACCUCCGUAUCAGGCAAUGUCACCACCUGUAAGACCUUCAAUUAAUACAGGACAAUAUUUGCCAACAUCUCAACAAUAUGCUCCAAGUAAUCAACAAUAUACUCCAAACACUAUGAAUUAUGUUACUAACGCUCAACAAUAUGUAUCGAGUAUGCAAUAUGCAGCCAAUCCGCCUCAAUUUGUGCAGAACUCAAUACACAUACCACCACCCAUGACAAUGGUUCAUGCCCAAGUUACAAAUCUUCCAACAACAACAACCCAAAUUCCAACAACGACCACUGCUAGACCUCAAGUUUAUUCAAAAUAUGUUUGUGGAGUGAAAGGAACAAGUAGGACAAGUCGCUCUUUAAUAUUAAAUCAUAAUUCUACUGCUUCCGAAAUAUCUAAAAAACUAAAACAAAUUUACAUAAAACAUGCAAAAUCAUAUCCUAUAUAUGAUACAUUUAACAAGUCAACCGAAAGACUCAUUUUAGGAACGGAAAUCGUCCCAAUUCAAAUUGAUACUGACAAAUUGGGAGAUUUAGUUAAGGGAAGGUUUACAAGAAAUAUUGCUUUUACAGGAGAAAAUGAUAAUCCACGGGAAGUAAAUUUAAAUAAAAUGUUAAAUCAUCAAAGAAAAAGUCGAGUUGUUGGUGGAGAAGAUGGAGAAAAUGGUGAGUGGUGCUGGCAAGUAGCAUUAAUUAAUUCAUUGAACCAGUAUUUAUGUGGUGCUGCUUUAAUCGGUACACAAUGGGUUUUGACUGCUGCACAUUGCGUGACAAAUAUUGUUCGUUCAGGUGAUGCUAUUUAUGUCCGAGUUGGAGAUUACGAUUUAACUCGAAAAUACGGUAGCCCUGCAGCUCAAACUUUAAGAGUAGCAACAACUUAUAUUCACCACAAUCACAACAGUCAAACUUUGGAUAACGAUAUUGCUCUUCUAAAACUCCAUGGGCAAGCUGAGCUGAAAGAUGGAGUUUGCUUAGUGUGUCUCCCAGCGAGAGGAGUAAGUCAUGCUGCUGGAAAACGAUGUACCGUAACCGGGUACGGUUAUAUGGGGGAAGCUGGACCAAUUCCUUUAAGAGUACGUGAAGCCGAAUUACCUAUAGUCAGUGAUGCAGAAUGCAUUAGGAAGGUAAAUGCUGUAACGGAGAAGAUAUUUAUUUUACCAGCUUCAAGUUUCUGUGCUGGUGGUGAAGAAGGAAAUGAUGCAUGCCAGGGGGAUGGCGGUGGUCCUCUCGUAUGUCAAGAUGAUGGUUUCUACGAAUUAGUAGGGUUAGUUUCCUGGGGAUUUGGUUGCGGUAGAAUGGACGUUCCUGGUGUUUAUGUAAAAGUUUCAUCAUUUAUAGGUUGGAUCAAUCAAAUUAUUAGUGUUAACAAUUUGUAAUAGUUAGUAAGCGCAUACAUAUUAUUAAUUAUUUAUUUUACAAACUAGACAAAAAUUUUCACAAUGUAUAGAAUCGAAUGAUUUGAAGUAAUAUAGGUGAAUCAGUUUUAAUAAUAGUAUUUAACAUAAUAAUACUAAUUCUUUAUGUAAAACAUAAGAUAAAUAGGUUUUUAAGUAGCAUAGUCUAUUUAUUUUAAUUAUAUCGAAAAUAUAUUGUACGAAAUUCGUAUGUGUAUGUAGAAUCUGGAAAAAUUAUAAGAUAUAUAAACAAAUUAAUAUUCCCAUAUAUAUUAUUACAUUUUAUUUAACGAUAAUUCAAGUUUUAAAUUUAAAAUCUUUAAUGAAAUAAAAUGAAAUUAUUAAAACGUACUUAUAUAUAUAUAAUAAUAGCUAAAUUCAGAGCAAAAAAGAAAUUUGUGGUAACAUUUUAUGAAA